AUGCUGGACGAAGUCGACCCCGCAAACAUUGAGGCCACCAUCCUGAAGUUAGUUUCCUUCGGCACGCGGCACACCCUGUCAACCCAAAACUCGACCGUCCGUGGUAUUGGCGCUGCCAGAGAUUGGAUCGCUUCCGAGAUGCGGAAGUACGCCGCGACGUCUGAAGGAAGGAUGACGGUCGAGGUCCCCGGCUACAUCCAGCCCGUGGCGAACCGCAUACCUUUUCCUGUGAGAAUCAGCAAUGUCGUCGCGCGGAUCGAGGGCUCGUCUGACCCCUCUCGAGUUUAUGUGAUUUCUGGACACUACGACUCGAGAGUGACCGACGUGAUGAACUACGAAUCGGAUGCCCCAGGAGCAAACGAUGACGCAUCCGGCGUGGCAGUUGUCAUGGAACUUGCUCGAGUCCUAGCGACACGUCAGCCAAGGGCCACAAUACUGUUCAGCGCAGUUGCUGGAGAAGAGCAAGGUCUCUACGGCGCCAACUUCCUCGCCCAGUCUUUGAGAAAUGCCAGCGUCAAUGUGGAGGGAAUGCUGAACAACGACAUCGUCGGCAGUUCCACCGGCGACCAAGGCCAGAAAGACCCCUUCACCAUCCGCCUGUUCGCCCAAGGACCGCCUCUGUCAGAAAGCGACGACGUAGCUUCCACGCGCCUCAGGAUCGGCGGAGAGAACGACUCUCCCGCCCGGCAGCUCGGCCGCUUCGUGUCCGAGGUCUCCGCCAACGACGCCACCGGGAUGAAGGUCGCCAUGGUGUACCGCCUGGACCGCUACCUCCGCGGCGGAGACCAGACGCCGUUCCUGCAGCAGGGGUAUCCGGCCGUGCGCUUCACCGAGCCCAACGAGAACUUCGACCACCAGCAUCAGGACAUCCGCGUCGCCGAGGACGGCACGCAGUUCGGCGACCUCCCGGAAUUCGUCGACUACGCGUUCGCGGCACGCGUGGGCAAGGUCAAUCUUGCUGCGCUGUGGUCGCUGUCGCAGGCGCCGGGCAUGCCGCGGAACGUCACGGUCGACACGUCGACGCUGGGAAACGAAAGUCAGUUCUCGUGGGAGCAGCAGGUCGAUGGUGCGGAGCUGGCGGGGUAUGAGCUGGUCUACAGGCCGACGGCGGCUCCUCUGUGGACUCACGCGUACGAUGUUGGGAACGUCCGUACGGCGACGGUGGAUUUGAGCAAGGACAAUGUGAUCUUCGGAGUCAGGUCGGUUGGGAAGAAUGGAUACAAGAGCCCAGCGGUAUUUCCAUUUCCCGCUUGA